ACACUGCCUGCAAGAACCGGCCCCUAGACCUCGUCUUCAUCAUAGACAGUUCCCGUAGCGUCCGACCUGAGGAGUUUGAGAAAGUGAAAAUCUUCUUGUCAGGAAUGAUUGAUACUCUGGAUGUUGGUGAACGAACAACCCGUGUGGCGGUCAUGAAUUACGCUAGCACCGUCAAGGUGGAGUUUCCCCUCCGGACCUACUUUGAUAAGGCAUCUAUGAAGGAGGCUGUAUCUCACAUUGCGCCCUUGUCUGCCGGUACAAUGACCGGCCUUGCCAUCCAAACUGCCAUGGAUGAAGUCUUCACUGAGGAAAUGGGCACCCGGCCAGCGACCUUCAAUAUCCCCAAGGUGGUCAUCGUUGUGACAGAUGGACGGCCACAAGACCAGGUUCAAGACGUGGCAGCAAGCGCCCGGACAGCUGGCAUUGAGAUCUAUGCAGUCGGGGUAGGCCGGGCAGACAUGCAGUCCCUCAGGAUAAUGGCCAGUGAACCACUGGAUGAACACGUCUUCUAUGUGGAGACCUACGGUGUGAUCGAAAAGCUGACGUCCAAAUUCAGAGAGACUUUCUGUGCUGUGAAUGUCUGUGCCCUUGGGACCCAUGACUGCGAGCAGGUCUGUGUGAGCAACGGUGGAUCCUACCUCUGUGGUUGCUACGAAGGCUACGCUCUGAAUCCAGAUAAGAGAACCUGCUCAGCUGUAGACAUGUGUGCACCUGGAAGGCACGAGUGUGAGCAGAUCUGUGUGAGUAACAACGGAUCCUAUGUCUGUGACUGCUAUGAAGGCUACACCCUGAAUCCAGAUAAGAAGACUUGCUCAGCCAUGGACAUGUGUGCGCCUGGAAGGCAUGACUGUGCACAAGUCUGUCUGAGUAACGAUGGGUCCUACAGCUGUGACUGCUAUGAAGGAUACACUCUGAAUCCAGAUAAGAAGACUUGCUCAGCUGCUGAUGUGUGUGCACCUGGAAGGCACGACUGUGAGCAGGUCUGUGUGAGAGAUGAUCUCUUCUAUACCUGUGACUGCUACCAAGGCUACACCCUGAAUGCAGACAAGAAGACUUGCUCAAGAACCAUAACAAGCAGUCUCAUAACAACUGAAGAGUCCUGUAAGUGUGAAGCCAUAGCUGCCCUUCAAGACUCAGUCACCUCACGCCUUGAAGCUCUGUCCACAAAAUAUAUCCUUUUUCUUACAUGA